CCAGCUCGCCGUGGAGGAACCAUGAGCGAUGUCACCAUCGUUAAAGAGGGCUGGGUGCAGAAACGGGGUGAGUACAUCAAGAACUGGCGGCCUCGCUACUUCCUCCUCAAGACAGACGGCUCCUUCAUUGGCUACAAGGAGAAGCCCCAGGAUGCAGACCUGCCCUACCCUCUCAACAACUUCUCAGUGGCCAGCCUCCACACACCAAGGGCUGGCGGAGAGGAGGAGAGAGGAGAGGAGGGAAGAGGAGGGGAGAGGAGAGAAUGCCAGCUGAUGAAGACAGAGCGACCAAAGCCCAACACCUUCAUCAUCAGGUGUCUCCAGUGGACCACAGUGAUAGAGAGAACCUUCCAUGUCGACACUCCCGAGGAGAGAGAGGAGUGGACAGAGGCCAUCCAGAUGGUAGCAGAUAAACUCCAAAGACAGGAGGAGGAGAGGAUCCAGUGUAGCCCCUCCUCCCCCUCCUCCCAGAUCCACAACAUAGGGGAGGAGGAGAUGGACACCUCCACCACACACCACAAACGCAAGACUAUGAAUGACUUUGACUACUUAAAACUACUUGGAAAAGGCACUUUUGGUAAAGUCAUUCUAGUCAGGGAGAAGGCCAGUGGGAAAUAUUAUGCAAUGAAGAUUCUGAAGAAAGAAGUGAUUAUUGCCAAGGAUGAAGUGGCGCACACACUCACGGAGAGCAGAGUAUUAAAAAACACUCGGCAUCCUUUCUUAACUUCACUGAAGUAUUCAUUCCAGACUAAAGACCGCUUGUGCUUUGUCAUGGAGUAUGUGAACGGAGGAGAGCUGUUUUUCCAUUUGUCGAGAGAGCGAGUGUUCUCGGAGGAACGCACGCGCUUCUACGGCGCCGAGAUCGUCUCCGCCCUCAACUACCUGCACUCCGCCAAGAUCGUGUACCGGGAUCUGAAGCUGGAGAAUCUGAUGCUUGACAAAGAUGGUCACAUGAAGAUCACAGACUUUGGUCUCUGCAAGGAGGGCAUCACAGAUGCUGCCACCAUGAAGACCUUCUGUGGAACGCCAGAGUACCUGGCACCAGAGGUGCUGGAAGACAACGACUAUGGGCGCGCUGUGGACUGGUGGGGUCUGGGCGUGGUCAUGUACGAGAUGAUGUGCGGCCGGCUGCCCUUCUACAACCAGGACCACGAGAAGCUGUUUGAGCUGAUCCUGAUGGAGGAGAUCAAGUUCCCCCGCACCCUGUCCUCAGACGCCAAGUCCCUGCUCUCUGGCCUGCUCAUCAAGGACCCCAACAAGCGGCUUGGAGGAGGUCCAGAUGAUGCUAAAGAGAUUAUGAGACACAGUUUUUUCACUGGGAUUGAUUGGCAGGAUGUUUAUGAUAAAAAGCUGCUACCUCCCUUCAAACCUCAGGUGUCUUCAGAGACUGACACCAGGUACUUCGACGAGGAGUUCACGGCACAGACGAUUACAAUAACUCCCCCUGAGAAAUUUGACGAGGACGGGAUGGAAUGCAUGGACAACGAGAGAAGACCUCAUUUCCCCCAGUUCUCCUACUCGGCCAGUGGUCGGGAAUGAGCAGAGUGACAUCACCACCCCUUGAGGUCUUCACUUGACGACGAGACUAGUCGACUCAGCCUGGCCUCUUCCUCUUCCUCUUCCUCUUCUCCUCUGUCUGUCUGAGAUCCAUCAUUCCAAAAACCAGACUGGCAGAGCCGUGUCACUGGCAGUCCUGUGUGUGUGUGUGAACAGAAAAGGAAGAGCGCGAUUUGGCUACUUCAAGCAGAAGGUUUCCGGUGUUUGGCUUUUCUGUGGCUUGUCCAGGUGCUCUCAGAGCCUUGUCAUUCUCCAUGGAACGUACAUACAAACCAUCAUCCGUGUUUUGCUCGUCUAGGAGAAAUGUAGUGUAUUUGUUUUGUUUGAGGAGUUACAGGAAUCUAAACUGCCAGUUUUAGUUCUCUCAGGACCACACACACCAUCACCAACAACAAAUAAACAGCAGUCUCUCUCUCUCUCUCUCUCUCUCUC